GGGAGCACAAUUUUUUUGAGCAAGCAAUGAAUAUAUUACAUAAAUUGAUACAAUUACGAAAAGAGAUGGCUAUGAUUUUAGUAUAUAGAAAUUUAUUACUCCUAUUUAUGUAUUUCCCUUGAAAUACAGUUUAAAGUUAAAUACUCUGACUUUUAACUCAUCGAUCAUCUGAAUUGUGGAUCCUCGCAGAGACCAAAACCCCUCUGACUCUGUGUUCAUCGCACAACUUCCCUAAUUCCAAUCCAAUUGAAUUUCUGCUGAAAUUAUGGAUGGGAACAAAGAUGAAGCCUUGAAGUGUCUGAACAUCGCCAAGAAUUCAAUUCAAUCGGGCGACAGAGAUCGCGCCCUCAAAUUCCUCAACAAAGCCCGUAGGUUAGACCCAUCCAUUCAAAUCGACCAAUUCCUGUCCAAUCUCAGCUCUUCACCGCCGGAAGAGAAGAACCCUAAUGCCCCCACCGACGAGAAUCCCUCCGAUCCAUCAGAAAGCGGGCCCCGACGUAGGGUUCCGGCCGCCGCGCGAUCAACGUCGUCUUCGUCCGCCGCAUCGGCUACCUACAACGAGGAGCAGGUGGCUGUUGUCAGAGAGAUUAAGAGGAAGAAAGAUUACUACGAGAUUUUGGGGUUGGAGAAGAAUUGCACGGGUGAGGAUGUUCGGAAGGCAUAUAGGAAGCUUUCUUUGAAGGUCCAUCCCGAUAAGAACACGGCUCCCGGCGCGGAGGAGGCGUUCAAGAUGGUCUCGAAGGCGUUCCAGUGCUUGAGCAACGAGGAGAGCCGCAAGAAAUAUGACGUUGUGGGAUCGGAUGAGCCGGUUUACGAGAGGAGAGGCAGAGGAGGUGGUAACGGGAUGCGCGGGUUCAACGGGUUUUAUGAGGCGGACGUUGAUGCAGAGGAGAUUUUUAGGAACUUCUUCUUUGGGGGAAUGCAUCCUGCAACGACUGCCAAUUUCGGUGGAUUCACGUUUGGAAAUGGGGUUAGAGUGAGAACUGGUGGAGUUGGGGUUGAUCAUGGCCCUAAUUGGUUGAGAACUGUGGUGCAGUUGCUGCCGGUCAUACUGAUCUUGUUGGUGAACUUCUUGCCAUCUUCAGAGCCGGUUUACUCCCUCUCUCGAACUAACUACCACGAUGUUAAGUUCACUACACCGAAGGGAGUGAACUAUUUUGCCAACUCUGGGAAAUUCGAGCAGCAGUAUCCACUCCAUAGCCGCGAACGCGUUGCAAUUGAGCAACGGGUUGAGGAUGACUACCACACUACCUUAGUGCAUAACUGCAGGGUUGAAUGGCAGCAGCUUCAUUGGGGUUACAGACGUGAGACGCCAAAUUGUGAUGCGUUGAGGCGCUUUGAGGCUAUUUCUCAGUGACAUGAUUAAAAGAUUAACUAGAAUCGGUUUAAUUUGCGUGUAUUCACGAUUAAUUAGCGGAACCUGAAAAUCAGAAGUUUGCAGUGGCAAAUAGAGAUUCAAAUGAAGCCUUCCCUAUAUACGUGAAUAGCAGAGGAGGAUCAAGGAUGCUCCAACACCAUAUAUUUUUUCCCAUUCGACAUUUUAAUCUCACUUUACCAUGUCUAUUUACCUUUUUCUUGCUACCUGGUAUAGUCCUGUUAUUAUAUUCCUGCUUUGAGCCUGUGUAUUCAUUUACAUAUAAAGAUGGUUUAGCAAUCUGAUUCGUCUCUUUGCGUGCAA